AUGCAGUUCUCUAUCACCGCAAUUAUUCUUGCCAUCUCCACUCUCACCGUCGCUCUCCCUGCUGAAAGUAGCCUCAUGGAACAGGGUGAUGAUGUCAAGUGGAAGGUCCCUAAGGGCUUGACUGUUACUGAAGCCCAAGCUAAAUGUGGUGAUCAAGCUCAGCUGUCCUGUUGCAAUAAGGCCACAUACGCUGGCGAUACCACCAAUGUUAACUCCGGCCUUGGUGGUGGCCUCCUCUCCCAUCUGAUCGGUACCGGUUCUGGGGCUGAGGGCCUUGGUUUAUUCGAGCAGUGCUCUAAACUCGAUGCCCAGCUCCCUAUCAUUGGUAUCCGCAUCCAGGAUCUCCUCGACCAGAACUGUAAGCAGAACGUUGCCUGCUGCGCCAACUCUCCCUCUACUGCCGGCAAGGAUCUUAUUGGUGCUGGUCUCCCAUGCGUUGCCCUUGGCUCCAUCCUUUAA